UUUAACCAAAAGAAAGAUGCAUUUGUUUUACUGCAAUACCUUUAAGCGAUCGGUUUGCAAUAAACAUUAAUUUCGUUUGCAGAUGAUCGCUGGCAACAACAGACGAUUAGGAGAGUGCGAAGUGGCAGUAGACUGCAGCAGGAAAUGUUGGUGUUGGUUUCCAACUCUUUACAGGACCAGGUAUUAAUAGAACAAAUCAUAGGAAGUUGAGUGUGAUAGUUCUGCUAAGCUCCCUCCAUCCACACAGGCUACAAUGGCUGCUGUUCAACUGCACACGGCAAAGCCGGACAGCGCAUCGCUCUGUGACAGAGAAACUUUCUCCGAAGAGUUUGGAUCCGACAGUGGGGAUGAAGUUUUACUCUGUGAUACAGACCUGGAGCUGAACCCCUUUGAUGGGCUGCCUUACUCCUCUCGCUAUUACAAACUCCUACAAGAAAGAAAACAGUUACCGGUGUGGGGAGCAAAGGACGCUUUCAUGGCGAAUUUAGUAAGCAAUCCGUUUAUCAUCCUAUGUGGAAACGCGAGGAUCGGGAAAAGCAGUCAGAUCCCACAAUGGUGUGCAGAACACUGUCUUUCUUCCAAGUAUCAGCAUGGUGUUGUGGUGUGCACACAGACACAUAAGCAGACGGCUGUCAGCCUUGCACUCCGCGUGGCAGAUGAAAUGGAUGUCAACAUAGGGCAUGAAGUGGGCUACACAAUUCCAUUUGAAAACUGCUGCAUCAAUGAAACCAUUCUGAGGUACAGCACAGAUGAUAUGCUACUGCAGGAAAUGAUGUCAGAUCCUCUAUUGGAGCACUAUGGAGUUAUCAUUAUUGAUGAAACUCACAAAAGAACUGUUUCCACAGAUGUACUACUAGGCCUUCUGAAAGACAUUGCGAGACAAAGGCCAGAACUAAAGGUUGUAAUAAUAAUCUCCCCUCAUAUGUCCAAGAAGCUACAUUCCUAUUAUGGCAAUGUUCCUCUGGUACGAGUGGAAAGUGAAGAGCCCAUUGGAUAUCCCGUUGAGGUUGUUUAUAGUUGCAUACCUCAAGAAAACUAUUUCCUACCUGCACUUAGGCUGCUGUUUGAGAUACAUCAAACAAGGGAAAAGGGCGAUGUUGCAAUUUUUCUAUCCUGUAUAAAGACGCUGAUUCUCUGUUGCCCUGGAAACACGAAUCCGAGCUUCUUUGAAUCAACGGCGCCCCACACUAACCACCCUCGCUGCUUUGUCGUUGUGUUUGUGUUCGUCUUCAUGUGCUGUGUAAUUGUAGACAAGGAGAAUCUGAGGGCUCACUGGUCUGCUCCCUGGGCUAACUAA